GUUAUUGCAGUUUAGAGAGAGAGAGAGAGAGAGAGAGCGGGACUCCAUUCACUCACAAAACUCAUUCUUCAUUUGGUUUCGGAAUCAAAGUAAUUAGAUUUGGGAAAAAAUAUAAGAAUAAUGAUGGAGAAGGCUGAUCCGGUGGUGCAGAAGGUGUAUAAUAGAAUGCGGCUGUGGGAAUUCCCAGAGCAAUAUCUGGUGGAGCCCAGCGAUGGCUCCUCCGCUCCCUUUCUCGCCAUCAGCCGCUACAAUGGCUCUUUCUCUAUCAUCGACGAGCUACCGCAGUUGAGUUCUCAUCGCGCUCCAAAAAUCUGGACCAUCUUCGGAGUGGUUGGGACUCUGAAGCUCUUUGCAGGCAUUUAUUUGCUAGUGAUAACGGAACGCGAAAGCGCGGGAACUUAUGUGGAUAAACCCAUCUUCAGAAUCUCCUCCAUGAAGAUUUUUCCUUGCGAUCUCUCUCUCAAGCAUGCCCCUGAAGAACACAAUAGGAUGGAGAGAGAAUUCUCCCAGUUGCUAUACAUUGCAGAGACCACUCCCGGUCUUUAUUUCUCCUACGAAGUCAAUUUAACAUUGAGCCUUCAAAGACUGCAUGAUUUGAGUGAGGAAUCAAAAUUGCUUCCUCUAUGGAGACAAGCCGAUCCUCGAUUUCUCUGGAAUAGCUACAUGUCUGAAUUGCUAAUAGAUAACAAGCUUGAUCCAUACUUGCUUCCUGUUAUGCAAGGGAGUUUCAAGAGCUUUCAGUAUGCACUCGGAGAAAACAUUCUUGAUGUCACACUGAUUGCACGCAGAUGCAACAGAAGAACCGGCACUCGGAUGUGGACGAGAGGAGCUGAUUCUGAUGGUUUUGUUGCGAAUUUCAUAGAAACCGAACAAAUCAUACAAUUGAAUGGGCACAUUGCAUCAUUUAUCCAGGUUCGAGGGUCAAUUCCUUUACUCUGGGAUCAAAUUGUUGAUUUGACGUACAAACCUAAGUUCUUCAUCAUGGAUAUCGAACCUCAUGUGGUAGAAAAACACUUCCAGGACCUGAAUAAGAAAUAUGGAAAUGUUUUAGCUGUUAAUCUUGUCAACAAACACGGAGAUGAGGGACGUCUAUGUGAACAAUUUGGCUUCGCAAUGCAACAUAUUGCUAGUGAGAAAGUGAGUAUUUUGCACAGAUAUAGGCACUUCGACUUUCAUAAAAUCUGCGGAGAAUUGUACAUUGAGUGGCUUUCCAUUCUUUAUUAUCAAAUCGAGAUAUUUCUAUACAAGAACAGGUAUUUUUUAUUAAAUGAUAAGGGGGAGAAAGUUGAGAAGCAAAUUGGAGUUGUAAGGACAAAUUGCAUUGACUGUUUGGACCGUACUAAUGUCACUCAGAGCAUGAUUGCUCGUAAAACGUUGGAAUCUCAACUUCGAAGGCUUGGUGUUUUUCAUAUUGAUGAAACCAUAAGAAUGCAUCCACAGUUGGAUGAAUGCUUCAAGAAUUUGUGGGCUAAUCAUGGUGAUGACAUUAGUAUUCAGUACACUGGUACUCCUGCUCUCAAAGGCGAUUUUGUCAGAUUUGGCAAGAGAACGUUUUGUGGCAUUGUGAAAGAUGGUUGGAUUUCUCUUGUGCGUUACUACUUGAACAACUUCUGCGACGGUACCAAGCAGGAUGCAAUUGAUCUAUUGCACGGCCAUUUUAGUGCAUCUGGUUGGCUGGUGGUGACUCCUGCCAUGAGGAAUGGUAGCGUUGAGGCCAUGGCUUCGUUUCCAAUGGCUUUUUCGGCGAUCCUGAGUGGGAUUUUUUACGCAAUGCUUUCACUAAUACGAGUUGUAGAUGAGCAUGACCCUUGGAACAUAAUUAUUUCGAUGAUGUGGGGAGGCAUGAGUUACCUUGUAGCCAUGCUUGUCAAGGCCAAUGCUCCCUUCUUCUGCGACCGUCCCCGCCUCAACCGACCUCGGCUUUGACUAACUUUUUUUUUUUUUUUUUUCUCUUAAUAAUCAUGUAAUUGCAAUAUUUCUUCAUUUCCUCAAUCUCAAUUUUGGUCUAUAGUUUUACAAAUAAAAUUCAAUCUUACAAAAUCUAACAAAGAAAUCCAAAACACUAUAUAUGAUACACUGAAAAUGGUACAAAGAUGUGAAACAAGCAUCCCAGAAAUGGUGGUCAUCUUCCAGGUCCCCCACCGGCGGCGUUGCGAUGAGACCUGGGCGGGCGGUGCGACGCACUCAUGGCUGCAAUCUGUUCCAAGACCACGACGACCUCCUCCAUGGAAGGGCGCUUCCUGGGCUCGGGUUCCAAGCAUCUAAGCGUGAGCUUGGCGGCCUCAAAGGAGGCCUUGGACGAGUACUGCCCUUCCAUCCGACUAUCCAUGAUUGUUUUGAGCCUGCGGCGAUGGGAGAGAUCGGGUUUCAACCAAUCGACCAGGUUAUGCUGCCCGGUGGGCCGCCUGGUGUCGUGCGCUCUCAGCCCGGUCAUCAUCUCCAGCAGCACCACCCCAAAGCCGUACACAUCACUCUUCACAUACAGAUGCCCUGUUUGGUAUACACAUAUAUCACAUUGUGAUGUGAUGAUAAAUAAGUGGUGAGAUGAAAUGCAGCGCCACUCACCCGUCGCAAUGUACUCGGGCGCAGCGUAGCCGUGGGUGCCCAUGAUUCGAGUCGUUACAUGAGUAUUCCCUGCAGCAGGCCCCAGUUUUGCUAGCCCGAAAUCAGAUAUUUUCGCGCUGUAACUCUAGAAACGCCAGCACAGGUCAUCAUGCAACCAAAAUUACCACAAGAAAUGGAGUUAAAGAAGAAGAAACUCACCCCAUCCAGCAGAAUGUUGGAGGCCUUGAAGUCUCUGUAGAUGACUUGCUUCUCAGAAGAGUGCAGAAAGGCGAGGCCUCGUGCUGCUCCGAUGGCUAUUUUGAGGCGUAUGUCCCACGAUAAAGGCUCGGUUGCAGCGUUUCCUGCAUUUCCGAUUUGAAUAUCAGAGUUGUGGGAUUUAGAGUUUGUUAAGAUAGAAAGCAGAUUCUUACUUCUGAAGAGAUGGUUUUCGAGGCUCCCCCUUGGCAUGAACUCGUAAACAAGCAACAGCUCUUGAUCAUCCAAACAGUAUCCCAAGAGCUUGACCAAGUUGGGAUGUGAAAGCCUGCCUAGAAAGUCGACUUCUGCCUGCCAUUCAUCAAAGCCUUGGGUGCUUUCCUGGUUGAGCUUCUUGAUGGCAACCAGCAUCCCCGUGCCGUGUCGCGUUGGGAGGAGUGUUAUCUCAUCCACCCAUCCCUUGUAAACUGUCCCAAAACCUCCCACACCCAACACCAUGUCACUCUUGAAACCCCUCGUCGCACUCUUCAAAUCACCAAAAUUAUACACUUUUACAUUUGGAGUCGCCAAUAUUUCUCCCCCAACAACACCUUCAUCACUCGCACCAUUUGAAAUCUGGCUAAGCCCUCUGCUGCUGCUGUCCGUCGCAGAGCUCGUUCCGCCAUUGCUGUGAUUAGGCCAAGUCGCUACAAACACACAAAUUAUUCAAAGUCAACACACAAACACCAAUUCAUUCACACAAAUCGAAUCACACAGGAAAACGGAAUCCCACAUCAACACUUGGCCAGAAACAGCUAAAAAACAAGAAUCUAAUUUAGGGAAGCAACAAAAGUAACAAAGUUUCCAUUUCCCCCCUCUUUUACCCAAAAUUGAAAACUCCCAACAAAAUUCUCAACGGCCCAGAACUAGUAACGAGCAUAUUUAAACCUUGAGUGGAUUGUCCACUGGAAUUAUUAAUAGCAGGAAUAGGGCUGGGAUCCGCAGCUAGCUGAGAUCGAAAGCAAUUUCCCAUUUGAGAAAUUCACUUCCACGCCCACAACACUUCAAUUACUAAGUAAUUCUUUAGCAAAUAAGGAAAUUAAGACUAAUAUUGGUUGCAAGAAUGAUAGAUUUUGAAUAAAGAG